AUGAGCACCAGCCGGGCCCGGCAGCGGUGCAACCCCGUCACCUCAACCGCGGGGUCAGGCGGGGCAGGCAGGCGCUGCCCGGCUCAGGAUCUCCCUACUCCGACCCGAACGGCCGCAUCCUCCGCUUUGCCCCCGAGGGCACCGAGCCGCUGCUCCAGCUCCAGGCUGACGCCUCCCUCCCGGCCGCGGCACAAGCCGCUCACCUGGCGCCAGGUCCCGCCGGGAUGGAAGAGCGCGGAGUCGGCGGCAGCCGCGGAGGGCUCGGCGCCCCUCCCGGGCAGCGCUCUGACCGGGGCACCCCGGCCGGGCCCCCGGCCCCGCCCCCGAGCCCUGCCCGCCGCCGGCCGGCAGCCGCCCCCCGCCCGGCCCCCGGCGCUCCUGUCACCCCCUCCCCGGCCCCUUCCUCCCGCGCCCCCCGGCACACUCCCGCCGCCCUGCGCCGGGCGCAGCCCAGGAGCGGGACGCGCCGUCCCGGGAAACCGUCCUCCCGGCGGGACCAGGCCCGGCCCCGCAACUCCUCCUCUCGCCGGGCUGUUAGCGGAGCGGGCAGGGAUGCGCGGGCCUUCCCGGCCGGGCCCCGAGCCACCGGCCCGGCGCUCCCGGGGGUCCAGCCCGCCUGUCCCAACGCAGCGGUGGGAAGGAAGCGAGAGAGGGGAAGGGCGCCCGCCGUCGCCCCCCGGCUUCGUCCUCCGUCCGUUCCACGGACAGGGCGGCUGCCGCUCUCCCUCCCUCCCUUCAGCCCUGCCCCUCCCUCUGCUCCCCGGGCCCGCGGCGGGCAUUUACCUGCCGUGGUGGCGCAGAGCGGGGCCCUGGGGCCUCUGGCAGCCGGAGGAGGCAGCGGACUCCGUCCCGCUGCUGCCGUCCCCGAGUGAGGCGGGCGGGACGGAGCCGGGACCUGCCCCGGGAGGCGUUACGUAAACCGGCGGCGGCGGCCGUUCCAGCGCCACAGGGAGGGAAGGAGGGAGGGAGGGGGCCGGGCCGGCCGCUCCGUCACCCGGCAACGGGACUCAGCGCCCCGGCGGACCGCGCCGCCGGCUCCGCCCCGUAUCCCUCCGCCCAGAGGGCGGCCCUGAUCCCAGAGCCGUGGGGCUGUGCCGGGCGGGUGCGAGGGGGCUGGCGACCAUCGCGCCGGUGGGCGGGAGGCGGGGGAGGACGGGACCGGUCUGUUCGUCCAGUCCCCCCAUCCCUGUCCCUAUCUCUGCUGUCGUCCUUAAGGCCCGGGCGCCGGCGAGCCGCCUUCAUGUCGGGGCCGCGGCGCAGGAAGGGCGGGGGGAGGAGGGGAAGUGUCCUUUGCCCUGGUUGUACAGCCUCCCGCCCGCCUGAGGAGGGACGCGGCGGGCGAGGCGCUGGAAGGCACCGGGCGGGCGGCGGGAGAGCCGGAAGCACCCGCGCCCCUCGGGAGGGCUGUGCCGCCGGCGGGGGAACACCCCGGCAGGGCCGGCGCAGGAAUGCGAGGGAGGGAGCGGGGGAUAAUGGUGGAGCGUAGCGGUGUUUGUCAUGUGGGGUCCUUCUGAAAUCCUGGACGACUCCGAGAGCGAGAUCAGUGAGAGCAGGCAUCCAAGGACAAGCAACAAGAUUGAUUGAUUCCCCCCCUUGAUACCUCAGGACCAGAACCACUAACAGACGCUGUAGAGAAGCUCACUGUGCACAUUUUGAUCCACAUCAUGUACAUCAGUGUAGCACAUUCACAAACUAAGGGAUUAGGAUAUUGUUGAGCUGAAUGCCACCGAAAGCAUUUGCACUUACAAAAAAUAUAAUGAUCUAUGUUUAAUAAAGCAACCCAUGACUUGCAUAAACUGGGGCUGAAAAUUUAGGAUUGUGAAAUACUAGAAUAUCCUGAAUUGAAAGGGUCCCACACAAGGGUCAUCCAGUCCAACUCCUGGCCCUUCACAGCACUAUCCCCAAGAGUUACACCAUGUGCCUGAGAGUGUUGUCCAGAAGCUUCUUGAGCUCUGUCAGGUUUGGUGUUGUGACCACUUCCCUGGGGAGCGGCUCCAGUGCCCAGCCACCCUCUGAAUGAUGAACCUUUUUCUAAUAUCCAACCUAAACCUCCUCUGACACAACUUCAGGCCAUUCCCUAGGUUCCUGUCACUGUCAUCACAGAGAAGUGUCUGCCCCUCCUCUUCCCCUCAUGGGGAAGUUGUAACUGCAGUGAGGUCUCCCCUCAGUCUCUACUUCUCCAGGCUGACCAGACCAAGUGACCUCAGCCACUCCUCACAGCUUCCCCUGAAGGCCCUUUCCCAUCUUUGCUGCCCUCCUUUGGACAUUCUCUAAUAGUUUAAUGUCUUCCUUUUAUUGUGGUGCCCAAAACUGCCCCCAGGACAUGAGGUGAGGCCACCCCAGUGCAGAGCAGAGCUGGAGAAUCCCCUCCCUUGCCCAGGUGGUGAUGUUGUGCCUGAAGACCCCAGGACAGGGAUGUCCUUCCUGGCUGCCAGGGCACUGCUGACUAGGAGCCCACUGCCUGAAUUCAAACCUUUCUGUUCUUGAUCUGCUCAGCAGAGUGAAGAGGUCAGUGUUUCUCUUUGUUUCCCUUCCCACUGCAGUUCUUGGUUUCUCCUUUCUGUGUUUUGACCUUUUUGCCACCUUUGACUUUUAUCUCUUUGGAGCCAGACCAUCUUUCCCAUAAAGUUUUGUAAAAUGUGUCUCUGGGUCUUUGUGUGCAACUUCAGACACUGCCGCACUUAUAAUUUGGCAAGAAGGAAAUUAUUUUCUUUCUUAGGUAGGGAAAUGAUCCCAAAUAUAUGUUAACAUCUGAAACUUGAAUUUCAACAAAUGGCUGUUUGCUUCUGUGGCAUCUACUUCAGCAUGCCAUUGACUUCACAGGACGUGUACUGGGGACUGGAGCUGUGCACAUGCUGCAGACAGCUUUCCUUUGGCUGAAGACUACAGAAAGCUAGAAUGGCAUUAGCAGCUGCCUGAAGCACAGGUUACAGCAAAGUAUAUCAUGUUCAUAUCAUCAUUACAUACCUUGGAUUCCACUGUAAGCCUGAAGUCGGGGAGUGAGGAGAACUCUUUGGACCAUAAAUACAUUAGCUCAGCGUGAUGAACUAUGUGAAUUUGUCCUUCAGUUAAGGGUAAAGAAGAAAGCACUUUUAUUCCACAGUCAUAUUCUUGAGACUACUAUAGUGCAAAUCAAGACAGGAUUUUUUUCUCUUGUUGCAGAAAACUUGGAGACAUUUCUGUCUGUAACAUAUACUACUGAAAUUCUCAGUAUAUGUAUAUAUCUGAAGCAAAGUGUAAAUCUUCAUUCACAAUCAAACUUAAAUAAUAAUUUCUGAGUGUGCUCA